UGGUUAAGCUCAGCAGUGAGUCUCCAGCUGCUGAGCGGAGUGGAGCGCACGGCACAGCGGACACACCAAAAACCCCGUUCCUCCUCUUGGACUCUCUUUUACUUUCCCUUAACCCUGAAUGACAGUCUGUGGACAGAGGACACAAAAAGAUGGCGGGACAGCGCUGCUCUUUAUAUUCACGCGGACUUUUAUCUGUCUUUUUCUUCACUGUGCUGACAGAGCGCGGGACCGCCGGCAUGCCCCCUUUUUACCAAAUGAGCCAGCUUUGUAAGUUCUGUGAUCUGGAGUCAUCCUUGUGUAGUGGCAUAGGGGAUUGCAUGUCCAACUGCUCCAUCACAUCCAUCUGCAUGGACAACAACGAGGUCUGUGUCGCUAUCUGGCGGAAGAACGAGACAGGCUUCUCUAUCGAAACUCUGUGCCACGACCCAUCCAAGCCUCUGUAUGGCGUCAUGCUGGAUGACUACAACAGCUCCACCUGUGUGAUGAAGGAGAAGAACACGACGAGCGGGAUGGCUCACUUCUGCUCCUGCAGUGAUGAGGAGUGUAACGACAAGCUGUCGUUCUCCCCUAGUGUGGAUCCAACUCCGGACGAUCCGUUGGUGUCUGUUAUCCUGGUGAGUCUGCUGCCCCUGCUGGUGAUGGGGAUUGUGAUUGCGGGAAUGUUCUACUGGUACCGAGUCCACAGGCGACGAAUGCCCAACCAAGAAUGGGAGAGCAGCAUCAAGAAACGCAAGCCAAGAGUUGGUGGGCUGGACUGCAGUGACGCCUGCGCCAUCAUGAUGGAUGACGACAGGUCGGACAGCAGCUCGACCCACGCCAACAACCUGAACCACAACACUGAGCCGCUGCCUAUCGAGCUGGAUCUGCUGGUGGGCAAAGGUCGCUUUGCUCAGGUAUACAAGGCUAAGCUGAAGCAGACCACCUCAGAUCAGUUUGAAACUGUGGCUGUGAAGAUUUUCCCCUAUGAGGAAUAUGCUUCCUGGAAAAACGAAAAGGACAUUUUCUCCAACACAGACCUCCGACAUGAGAACGUCCUCCACUUCCUGACGGCUGAGGACAGGAAGGUGGAGAAGCAGUACUGGCUCAUCACUGCCUUCCACCCCAGAGGAAACCUGCAGGAGUACCUAACGUGUCAUGUGGUCAGCUGGGAGGAGCUGCAGGUGCUGGGCAGCUCUCUGGCUAGGGGUGUUGCCCACCUCCACAGUGACCGCCUCCCCUGUGGACGCCCUAAGGUCCCCAUAGUCCACCGAGACCUUAAGAGCUCCAACAUCCUGGUGAAGAACGACCUGACGUGCUGCCUGUGUGACUUUGGCCUGGGACUCUGUCUGGACAGCAGCCUGUCUGUGGAUGACCUCGCUAACAGUGGACAGGUUGGCACAGCACGUUAUAUGGCUCCAGAGGUGCUGGAGGCCCGACUCAAUCUGGAGAACAUUGAGUCCUUCAAGCAGACUGACAUUUACUCCAUGGCCCUGGUUCUGUGGGAGAUGACAUCGAGGUGUGAAGCUAUUGGAGAGGUGAAGGACUAUGAGCCUGCAUAUGGAUCUAAAGUGCGAGAGCACCCCUGUGUGGAGAGCAUGAAGGACAAUGUGCUGAGGGACAGAGGAAGACCUGAGAUCCCCGACACCUGGCUUAGGCAUCAGGGCGUGGCAGUGAUCUGCGCCACCAUAAAGGAAUGCUGGGACCACGACCCCGAGGCCCGGCUCACCGCCCACUGCGUGGCCGAGCGCAUCUCCGAGAUGGAGGACGAGAUGGACAAACUUUCCAGCCGCAGCUCCUCGGCAGAGAAGAUCCCCGAAGAGCUGAAGAUCCCGAUAGAGGUGGAGAUCCCGGAGAAAGAGGUGAAAAUCACAGAAAUACAGGAAAUCAUUGCCGUGGACUGCUCCGUGAGCGACGAGAAGUGAAGCAGGAGCUCUACGUCCUCAUGGAGGUUCUUCAACGACGGCACUUAUUCUACUUUGAUGGGAACUUUCACGCGUGAUAUUCAGGAGCUGAGCUCUUGCAGGACUUUGAGCCAGGUUGAGUUGAGUCACAAGCAUCCUGUCUUGAUUCUAAGCCAGCAAAGAUAAGCAUCUGGGCGAUGCUUUUGGACUUCACUACUUCCAAAAAACAAAUGUAACAACUCGCCUUAAUCAGCUGAAAAAGCUAAAGAGCCAAAAAGCCAGAGUUAACUGGAAAACUUCCAAAGAUGUGUUGGACAGUAUUUUUUGAAGAGUGACAGCCGUCGCUCUGAGCGAAAAGGUCACUCUCUGCAUGAGAAAUCAACAGAGCAAUAACUUCAGAACCAAAGACGUUUAAUGUGCACUUUACCAUUUGAUGCUUACUCAUUACGGACGUGUUUCAUUGUAAUGCCUUCAUAUAUUAUGACAUGUUGGGGGUUAAGAAAGCUUUUGCUUUAAAGUGCCUUUGUGUGUCUGACUUUGAGCCAGAACGUCAGAGAUGUCACCUUAACACUAGUAACGCUGUGGACUCCAUCCUCACCAGCAGGAAAUGAAAGGAAUGUGUGUGUGUGUGUGUGUGUGCGUGUGUGUGCGCUUGUGUGUGUAACCGUGUCGUCUUUACCCAGCUAUACUUAAAACCUUGUUUGCCAGAUAAACAAGCACAAUGUACAUACUGACAAUAACUGUACAUAAAAGACAAAUCAGCCAAAAAGGGAAUGUAACUGUUCUACUUAACCUUUGAAUGCAGAGAUUUAAAGACUUAAUAGAGAUGUAUUUUAUAAAACAUUUUGUAUGUUUUCUGUCUAUAGCAACAGGAAACUGAGGAGUGUGCCAAAGAUCCUUUCCCCUGCUUUACAUACAGUAUGUGUCAUAUGUAAAAUACUGUAAAUCUUUUAUGAAUUAAAGAUAUUUCUGUAUUCUGA